AUGGAGGCGACCGACGAUGACACGCUCUACGACUUGGAGAGCAAUGGCCGAGGCAGUGAGUCUGGAAUUAGUAUGCCAACCAGUACUUCUGAGGAGAGCAGUGCCCAGCGAACGAGCUACCAGUCCCAGCAGUCCCAUCAGUCCCAUCAAUCUCAGCAAUCUCAAAGAUCCAACAUGGAGUUACAGCAACCAUUACAUGUCGACUACAUUCUCGUCGCCGAAUUCUCAAUUGACAAAGGGCCGACGAUGGAAUACCAGUAUCCAGCGCCAAUAAGUGGUGAUGAGCACAUGUUAGCGGAACUAAUGUUACCAGAUCAAACGCACCGACGGAACCAGGAUUGGACGGUAUUCUUCCUUCAUAAAGAAGAAGAAGAGACAGAAGACGAUCCGGGCCAGCAACCUCUAAUCUAUGUUCUUAAUCUUGUCAAUACAAAACGUGACAACCGAAUAAAGAGGCAUGAGACAUUUUCCUGGUAG